AACACAGAGGCAGUUUGAAUCUGAGUGUAUUUUAGCAAGGCUUUUUAUCCAGGAUUAAGCACAUCUUCUCAGAGUUUGCGUUCAGUGAAGCAGAUAAAUGACAUCAUCAUUACUAGGCUAAUAAAAUGAUAAAUCAAAAAAAUCAUUCAAGGCUAGCCAUAGCUAACCACCUAUUUUUAAGAUCAGGUUAAUAAAUUUUUAUGGUUAGUUAUUGUUUAACAUUUGUUACCUAGUUCACAACUGUUUGAUAUCUGUUGCCUAGUUCUUGUGAGUCUAUGAAAUAUUGAGCUAUUUUAGCUUUUUUCCUUAUGAAAAAGCUUUCUUUACCAAACAUUAAAACCACUCUCGAUCACACAUGUACAGCCAUAUGAAAUUUUAUUGUUGGGCAAGUUUUUAUUAAUAUUAUUACUAUUUACUUAUGUGAAUGAUUCAUAAAGCUCUGGUUUUCUUGGGGACAAGGUCAUGGUCAGUGACCAUGUCUCAGGGGACGGUUUCUCAUUUUUAUAUUUUGUUUAAAAUGUCAGCAUAGGCUUUCAGGAACAUUUUGUUCAUAUGAGAAAAGGGUUGAAGAACAGGAAUUGCCAUGAGAACUACAGCUCAUUUUUUUCCCCCUCUGGCCGAGAGUACCACAACCGUUUCCAGGAGACCUCCAUCUUUUGAAGUUAUCGCCUCAGUCUGUGGAACUUGUCACACAGAAUCUACUGGAUUUGGUGUGGCAGUCAAACAGUCCUCAGGAUCCAAAUAUCUAGGAGGCUGUGUGUGAGGGGGGUUGUGGGGGCUAGAGCUCCUUUGUGUUCAGUUUUGGCCCUAGGCCUGUUGCAUACAACAUAGUCUCUAGGAACUAAGGCUGGGGGAAGGGUUGAUUUGGAGUUUUAGCUCUUUAUCCAGCUAAUUCUUUUUGGAAAUGAAAUGUUUUGCUAAAAAUAACCAAGUACCUCUGAACAUUAAAAAAGAGAGAAAGAAACAACAACAACAACAAAAAAAAACAAACCAAAAAUUGCUUUGAAAGUUUGGUGCAAUCUGGUGUAAAUCCACAAUGUCUCCCAUGGUUCCGAUGGUGAGGGGCAGGGGGUGCAGAAGACCCCUAUCCCUUUAGAAAGAAAGACCUAGCAGCAACGUAAGCAAGUAAGCUCCUCUGAGUCACCCAUAGGGUCUUAGGUGCACAUGCGCAAAAGACUGCAGGGCUAGAAAGCCUAGCAUCUGGAUUACCUCACCAUCCUUGGGAGGUGACCCGGAAGCAGAUGUGCAUGGUAGGCGGUACCGGACUUUCAUUUCCGGUGCACAACAGCUCUGUAAAGUCGCUGCUGCUUCCCGUCCUUGUUUCCUGGGAAGUCAGUGGAAAUCGUGUGGCUGUUCCCACGGGCCCCAUGGCGGAGGGGGACGUCGGGAGCGACCAGAAACAGAGCGAGGAGAUUGAAGCAAUGGCAGCUAUUUACGGCGAGGAGUGGUGCGUCAUCGAUGAUCGUGCCAAAAUAUUUUGCAUUAGAAUCAGUGACGACAUCGACGACCCCAAGUGGACACUUUGCUUGCAGGUGAUGUUACCGAGUGAGUAUCCAGGUACAGCACCACCAGUUUACCAGUUGAAUGCUCCUUGGCUGAAAGGGCAAGAACGUGCAGACUUAUCAAACAGCCUUGAGGAAAUAUAUAUACAGAACAUUGGUGAAAGUAUCCUAUACCUGUGGGUGGAGAAAAUAAGAGAUGUUCUGAUACAGAAAGCGCAGGUAACAGAGCCAGAAGCAAAUAUUUUCGCUGCUGUGUUAAGUUCACAGAGGAGUGGAGAGAGAGUGGAGAGUGUUUUCUUUGACUUUUGGAUCCAUGUCCUGAUUUCACAGCAUUCAAAGCUUAUGAGAAACAUUCCAGAUGUAAAGAAAAAAACUAAAGAGAAAAAAGUUGAACGUGAUGUCAAUGUAGGACGUCGUCGUCCAGGAAAUUCAGCUAAAAAAUCAGACCGCAACGUCAGUGAACAUGUACCAGAAGUGGAAGAACUUCCUCCAAUUGAUCACGGCGUUCCCAUUACAGACCGAAGGAGCACUUUCCAGGCCCAUGUGGCCCCCGUAUCCUGCUUUAAGCAGGUGGAAAUGGUUCUUGCCAAAUUGUACGAGAACAAGAAGGUAGCCAGUGCCACCCACAAUGUCUAUGCCUACAGGAUAUUCUGUGAGGACAAGCAGACCUUCUUGCAGGACUGUGAGGAUGAUGGAGAAACAGCUGCUGGGGGCCGUCUUCUUCACCUCAUGGAGAUCUUGAAUGUGAAGAAUGUCAUUGUGGUGGUGUCACGUUGGUAUGGAGGAAUUCUGCUAGGACCUGAUCGGUUCAAACACAUCAACAACUGUGCCAGGAACAUACUGGUGGAGAGGAACUUCACACGUCCACCUGAGGAGUCAUCUAAGCAUCUGGGAAAGAAGAAAGUAAAAAAAGACAAGAAGAGGAAUGACCAUUAAUACUUGAAACUUUAUGAAAGGGUAAUUUUCGAGUCAUUCUGUACACAUUCCAUAGUUAACAAAUACACAAAAAUGGUCCACUUGAUAGCUCAAGUCAGCCAGUUCAUCAUGGACACCAGCAUCGUGUUUCCUUCCUUAGCUCCAUCAUUUAAGAAAUAGAGAAUUUAGGAUAUAGUCACAUGUGUUUCAGGCUUGUGUGGGAGAACUGAUGUGAGCUUAAUUGCCAUUUCAUAUAACUCGGAAGGUGACAGAUGCAGGGCAUAGUACCUGAGCUAACUGUCUAUUUCAGCUUGUGUCGAGUGCCUUUGUUUGACAGGGAAGAUGUAUAUUCAGAAGACUAUAAAUGCCUGAUUUCUUGUGAUAUAAAUUCUCAUACAGUUAAAUGACCGUGUGUUACUGCUCCCUAUAGCAUAUUAGAGUGGGAGCUCAUUGAAAAUUGAAUUCUUGGAGACUCUUUUCCUUGUGAUUUUACAAGUUUGCCACUUUUCAUUUUAUAGUGUUCAUCAUGGAGUAUUAGAUUAAGUGACAACAAUACAGGAGUAUCCAUCUGUGAUUGUGUGCCACAGUGGUAAUUUAACAUACUCGCUAGCCCAAGUGGCAUGAAUUCCUCAGUUUUGUUGCAAAUUGGUGUUUGUGAAAUUUGAGAUUUUGUAAGUCUCUGCCUUUUGUUGUUUAAUUCCUGUAAGGAAACACAGUGAGCAUCGAGUCUCAGUAGUUCUUCCAUCCUCUACGUGUGUUACUGUAACAUUACAGUGUCUCUGAACAAACCUUCCUGUGUUCUUCCUAUGUGUGUCAACGGGACACUUAGAGAGUAAGAUAGAAGUGGCAGAAUGCCCUGGUGCAGGGGAAAAUGGACUAGUUUGACGCACACUUGCAUCUGUGUUCUGGACAGAUUCUUUUAGUUCUGUGAUUUUUGUUGAGAGAUGGAGGGACAAAUCUUCUUAUUAGAAAAAAAUCUUUCCCCACAGAUUCUUGGCAAAUCUCCCAUUCUAACAGUGUCUCUUUAUUUACUUUUUACCUGCAUACUACUUGUAAGGAAAAAGACAAUGUUUCCCUUUGAGAUGUAGGUAAGUUGUACACUGUUAUCGUUCAGAUAUGAUGCCAACUUUUACUAGGUUGAUCAAGUGAUCACAGGCUUGUUUGACUUCCCUCCCAAGGAAGGGACCAGAAGUUAGGAAACAGCUUUGGGAUGGCGCUACAGCGUGGAGCAUAUGAGGUUGGGCAGAUGUUUUUCUCUAACCUUUAACCCUGAAAGAUCCACAUCCUCACUUGGUAUUUUAAAUAGGAAUCCAGGAGCCAGCUUUACACUAGAGUGGGUUCUGAGACAGAAGUCUUAUUUUCAACAUUAUUUAAUGUUGUAAGUUAUUGAGAAUUAUAGGAUGACCUAUAUGUGUGUAUUUGGAGCACUUACCUCUGUUUCCAUGAAAUGCUGAGUAUAUCCUAUGUAUUAACUAUUAAUGGAAUUUAGACAUUAUUUGCUAAAGACAAUUUCAUAGUCUUGACAUUUCAGACUGUGAAAAGCGAUAAAAGCAUUAAGAUUUAUGCUGUAGGAAGAAGGAGUAAUUUUUCCCAGCACACUGAUUUCUUUCCUGGUGUUUUGUCCAAAAUAUAUUAGUGUUUACAGAGGACAAAACAUUUUUUGUAACUCUGAUCUUAUUUUCCUUCACUUAAAAAUGUUAUGUUUUCCAAGAUUACUAACCACAUUUUGUGGGUUGAGAUCCUUAACCUUCUUUACUGCAGGUGGGAGGAAAGAUCCCAAAUUCUCCAGUUCUAACUCCUGAAAUUACAUAUUUCACACUUACCACCAAUGCAAAAUAAUGGUAGCAUAUUUUUCUCUACUAAGAUAGAGAAAAAUCAUAUGUAGAGAAUUUUCUAGUUCUCCAAAUAUUAACUUUCUAUAGCCAGGCAGAGUCUGUUGUGGUGUUCUCUGUAUUAGUUCAAGUGUUGUUCACAUGCUGGUAUAUAAAAGCAAGUAGCAUCUACUUUGAUGAGCACAGCAGUAGCUGCAUGAAGGAGGCGCCUAUAAUGCAAGACAGGCUGUUGGAAGGAAAUUCUUUCAAACCAAUCACAGAAUAGAUGAAGCAGAUACUGUGUGCAGGGCAGGUUGAGUGUAGUGUGAAAUUGUAACCAUAUCCAGUCCACUAAAGAGAUAACCGUAAAUGGUGUAUACAGUUCUUAUUUUUUCUUAUGCAUGAUUUUGUAUAUAUGGCUAUUUUCUUUCCAUAAAGUGGUAUUAAACUAUAUAUACUGUUUUUUAUCCUACACAUUUCAUAUAGAAGUAUAUUGUUAACAUUUUCCCAUUAUCAAUAAAUAUUCUUCUAUGGCUUAA